AUGGACGGGUCUGGUGACCUGGGCUUCCUGCUCACCCUGGGCAAGCCCCACUCCCCUGAUGUGGAGGAGGCCACCACAGAACCCCCAAAAAAGAAACCGGACCCUGUCACUUCAGAGACGGUGGUGAUCUGGGGGCUGCGCCUCUGGCAGGUGAUUGGUAUCUUUGCCAUCUUUGUCCUGGCAGUCAUUAUCACACUAUGCUGUAUCUUCAAGUGCCGGAUUCCCCGGACAAAGAAAGAGAUUGAGGCACGAUAUGCUCAACGGCAAGCAGCAAAGACAUAUGCAGACAAACUGGAGACCGUGCCACCGCUCAACGAGCUGACAGAGAUCCCUGGAGGCUCUACUGAAACUCUUCUAACUCUCUCUGGUCAUGUCCAGUCCAGACCUCUCAACUCCCUGCCUGUGGUGAAAGAAGAAGAUGAAAUGGCCCUGCAAGGAAAUUAG